GUGUAUGUGUUUCCGUCCGUUUAAAGGGCCGCUUUAGGGCUGCGGGUGCCUAAACGAACUGCAGGGGGCAUCCUCGCCCUUGCACGCGCAGAUCCCCCACUUCUCUGACACACUCGGAUACAUUGCGCACACACACAUGCAUGCGCUCUCACACGCACCCCCUCCUUCUGCCAGACUCCCAGGCCAGCGCCAUACGGAACAUCCUGCCCUCAACAGAGAGGGGGAGGAGAGAGGGAGCCCGAGUGUGUGUACAGAGAGAGAGAGAGAGAGAGAGAGACGAGGUCUGGCGUCUCCUGGUAGUAAAUCUAUCAGGUCUCGAGGACAAAAUCUCAGAGAAACAGAGAGAAGAGAGAGAGAGACGAGGCCUCGUGGAAAUCUCAUUGCUUUCCUGGUACCUGGACCAGCAGCUCGUGAAGCCUUGGAUUAAAAAGCCCGACUAGAAGGACGGAUGGUCGCGCGGACUGGCUGCGCGCUCUGAAGUUGGACAGACUACCGAGGACACCGAAAGCAGACGGCAGCAGCAGCAGAAGCAGCAGCAGCUUUUGUCCCCCCACCCCCCCGAACCCGGUGAAGGCAGCGGAGGCACCGGGAUCAUGAAGCUGCCUUGGCUGCUGGCGCUCACGGCGCUGCUCGCGCACACCGCCACGGGACAGACUUGGUCCCCAUCUAUCGAUGAUGAAGGCUCGACGAGAGACGAGUUCUACGACGAUGAGGAUCUCUACUCGGGCUCCGGCUCUGGCUUUCCUGGCAUCAGUGUGAGGCCGACAUCGGCAGGUGUGUCCUUCACUACAGAAGAGCCCCUCCUCCUCUCCACCACGCAGGCCAAUGGCCCCGCCCCCUCCGCCUCACCUGCAGCUGAGCCGAGCCCCAACCCGGAGGACCCUAUCAUCACCCCGAUGCCCACUGAAGCUGAUGGAGAGAGUGGUACAUUCUGGGAAAAAGAGAGUGAGCUGGAGAAGGAGAGAGAAAGAGAGUUAGAGAUGGAGAGAGAGAAGGAGCAAGAGCAAGAGAGGCAGAGGGAACUGGAGAAUGAGAGAGAGAGGGAGAAACAGUUGGAGAGGGAGAGAGAGAGGGAACGAGAGAGGGAGCGGGUCCGAGAGAUGGAGAGAGAGAAGGAGAAGGAGAGAGAGCGCGAGCGAGAGAGGGAACGUGAGAGAGAGCGAGAGAAAGAGAGAGAGAGGCAGAAAGAGCGUGAGCUUGAAAGAGAGAAAGAGCUGGAGCGAAUCAGGGUCGCCGCCCAGACCACCGCCGCCCCACGAUCGCCUGCAGCCAUCCCAGUGGUGACCACCAACCCGGCAACCAGCCCAGCAGAAAGUACGACGCCCUCUGCCGGUUCGGACGACCUGAGCACCACAGAAGAAGAAGAGGAUGUCUACCUGUCGCCUGAACCCUCAGCUUUUUUCCCAGGCUUUGACAUGGAAACCACUACAGAAGAUGACAUGUCCACUACAGCAGAGACCACCCCCGAGCCAACGACAGCUGCACCCGCCACCACCACUGUCAAGACCAGGUUCCCCUUCAGGCCCAGGGUUCCCAUGACGACAGGCACUCAGGCGGUGCCAACAGAGGGAACGAGCCGUCCACAGCAGCCCACAACUACACAGGAGGGCAACAACGAGGCGGGUGCUGCAGGACCGAGUGGAGAUUUCGAGAUCCGCGAUGAUCAUCGUAAUGAUCUUGGUCGAGGUAUAAUGCCAGUGGAUCCUGAUCUGAUCGGCAACACAGUGGACGGAGGAAGCUCUGCCGCCCAGCUGCCGCAGAAGAACAUCCUGGAGAGGAAGGAGGUGUUGAUAGCGGUGAUAGUGGGAGGAGUAGUGGGCGCCUUGUUUGCGGCCUUCCUAGUGAUGUUGCUGGUGUACAGGAUGAAGAAGAAGGACGAGGGAAGCUACACACUAGAGGAACCCAAACAGGCCACCGUCACCUACCAGAAACCAGACAAGCAGGAGGAGUUUUACGCAUAACAUUCAGAGACUGCCAGAGAGACGGAGAGAGUAAUGGAGAGAGAAAGAGAGAGAGAAGAGAGAAAUAUACUCUAAGCCCCCGUACUCCUCGCCCUCCUCCUCCUCCUCCUCCUCCUCCUCUUCUUCUUCGUUGCCUCCCCCUCGUCUGCUUGCCUCUCCUCAUCCCUCUCUCCUCUCCUCUCCAAAACACUUGAGAGCGCCUCUCUCUCUGCAGACUUGAAACUUUCUUUUCAAUGAAAACGAAAAAGAGGAAAAAAAUAAAUAAAAAUCCAAAUAUAUUCUGAAAAAAUAACACAUACACAUGAGAUGUUUUUAAAGUAAAUGUUGUUAUUAAUAUUCUACAGAUUCUCUUGUUGUGUAUGUACUGAUAUGAUUAUUUUGUAAGAAAAACAAAACGAAACACAAGCUCUUAACCAGUGUUUUCCAGCACAAAAAAAGUUCCUCCUCUGUUAUUUUAUGGAGCGAUUGAAAAGGCGAAAGUGAAAAGGGAGAGGAGAGGGGCGAGGCGAGCAGAGCGAGACACAAAAGAAAAAGAGAGCGAUGGGCUCGACUCUGCCCCUCACCCCCCAAAAACACACAGAGUGUCUGGUUGGCCGCACAGAGCCCAGGGUCAAAGGUGAGAGGAAAGGUCUCUUUUGUGCCUUCCAUCCCUCUGCUGCUCAAAGACGCAUACGCACAUCCAUACAGCCACAUAAACACAUGCUUGCACACAUGGACAUGCAUACAUACACACACACACACACACACACACACACUUGUAUCUGCUCGAAGGUGGCUCGGACCUCUCUCUCUGUGCUCGGCCAACCAGAAAACAGUGCUCAACCCUCAGUGUGUUUCACAACGUCGAGGAGCCGCUGUGGGAACAUUAGCUGGUUAGAGGUUUGCUUUCGCGGUCAAUCUGCUCCUCUAAGCUGUACAAAGACUAGUUACGGAUAGUAAUAACAACCAAUAAUAUAUCAAUGUUUUGGGCUGGAUGGUGAAUAAUAAUAAUAAUAAUACCGUAAUAAUAAUACGUAAACAGGAGGAUGUGUAUUUAUCAGUUUAAAAAAAGUGUAUAUGUAAAUAUCAGCAUACCUUUCUGACAUCACUAAUCAUCUGCAUGAUCAUGAAGAGUUUUUAUUCAUCACAUCCGUCAUCACUUUAGAUGAGCUGUGCUCUCGUCAGCCACAUGAACACACACACACACACACGCACAUGCACACAAGUGCAGAUAUAUAACUUGCUGUGCAUUUAGAUACACCACACAGAUAAGUAUACUGUUAAUCAUAUCAUUCAAACCCAUUAUCAUCACUGUCAUUGUGAUAGUCAUCACUUGGGAUACGAGCGAGAUCAGGUGGUUUCAAUAUGUUAUUGAUUAGUUAUCGAUCAGUUGCCGGUUGGUUUAGAGUUUGGUCCCUUUUGUGUAAAAGCACAACUGCGUGUCUAGUCAUCACCUCAUCUGAUAACCCCCCCUCCCCUCCCCCCUACACUCACCUUUAGCAUGCCUCACUUUCUUUUUCUUCCACCAUUGGCUCUCUGUUUGGGGAUGGGAGGGGCCUCUGGGAAGCAAGGGGGCCUUUAAUGAAAAACCAGGAAGUGUGAAUCCAUGCAGGAAGUUGCUCCCAGAUGUGCUAAUUCAGUCAAAAUCUUUUGUCAGUAAAGCUUUGGUUAUGAGUAAGAACAGAUUUUGAAUUAGUGUUCAUCGGGUCAACUUUAACCUGCUGUUAGGGUCUUUUCGGGGAGGGGACAUUGGGGGACAGGGGUUCGGUUUGGGAAGGGGAAUGUCAGAAGGAGGGCUGUGCUUCUAUCUAAGAGAUUGUAACAAUAACCACACCAGUGCGACUGGGCUAGUAGCUUCUAUUAUACUCAGUACUGUAGAACAAACAUGCAUGGGAGUCAAAACUAUACUAGUCUGGGUGUGUGUGGAUGCCUGUGUGUGUUUGUGUGUUUGAAAGAAAAGAGGGGUGAGUUAAAGUUGGAAUGUACUGUGGCUGAGUGUGUGUUUACCUACUCCAGCAGUUCUCACGCUCUUCCACAGACAGGUAACACACCUCUUCCACUCAUGUGUGUGUAUGUUGCCUGCCCCCCUCGCCAGUGUGUGUGUGUACACCUCAUCUAAACACGCCAUGUGUGUGUAUGCCCGAGUGCUUCACCUUGGUAUUUCACAGCAGACACUUGUGUACACUGACUGGCCUGUCGACGUGCGUGCGAGUGUUUCGUCUGCUCACUGCUGAACGAGGGGCAGCUGGUCCCUCACAGUGGCUUUCACACACACUGACUGUGUCUUUUCACUGUCCGACUGUCUGCCUGUCUGUCUCUCUGCCGCAGUACAGACGGGCAGACAACACGCCACUUUCUCACAGGCAGGAAUGAUCUUAACACGUACUGUCUUUUUUAAAGUGACUGUCAAAGUGUAAACAUGUGUGUUUGUACCCAUCUAAGCCUGCGUAGCCAAAUGAGACGUGUGUGUUUGUGUGUGUGUGUGAGAGAGAGAGGGUGGAUUUGUACGUGUGUAAGUGUAGGUAUGCAUGCGUGUUAGUGUGUGUGUGUGUGUGCGUGUGUGUGUGUGAAGCCCAACGGAGGCUAUACUACUCUAUGUUUGCCGUUCCCAUUCCUGUUUUUAUACAUUUGCAUUUUUUUAAGGCUGAGUUUCUGUCAUUGGCUGAGUGAGCGAGAGGAGGCGGAUCCUCCACGCCACUGCCCUGUCACUAAUCUGCCACUCUGUUCCAAAUAAAAAACCUGGUUGGGUAAAUCUCU